UGUCGGUUUUGUAACAACAGCACUGAACUUUGAAUGGAUCGAACUACAUCUCUGCUCAGAGUCAUUUCACUUUUUCCUAUGUGGUGAUCCCUGUGUGAGCGAGCGGCAUGGACCCGUCAGAGUCAGGGGGACUGGAUGCUGCCGGUCCCGGUCCAGAACAGAGUCUCAAACCCGAGCUUUCUGCUGCGAUGCGGGCUAAAAUCGAACGGAACCGGCAGCGGGCGCUGAUGCUCCGGCAAGCCAGACUAGCGAGCCGCCCUUUGUUCGCUGUGGAGGGCGCAACCUCGGCCAAAGUGUCCAAGACCAUCGACUCCGGUGCCGGCUUCUUCAUCGAGGAGGAGGAGGACGAAGAGGAAGAGCAGAGGACCAGGAAGGUUGUGCAUCAGCCAGCUCCAGUGAUUGAGCCAGACUACCUGGUGUGUGACGAGUGUCAAAAACCCUUUAUGGACUCGUACCUCAGCAACAGCUUUGACCUGUCCGUCUGUGACAAGUGCAGAGACAAUGAGGAGAAGCAUAAGCUGAUCUCCAGAACUGAGGCCAAGCAGCAUUACCUGCUGAAGGACUGUGACCUGGACAAGAGAGAACCUCCACUCAGGUGUAUACUGAAGAAAAACCCUCAUAACCCACGCUGGGGAGACAUGAAGCUCUACCUCAAACUACAGGUGGAGAAGAGAUGUAUGGAGGUGUGGGGUUCGGAGGAGGCGCUGGAGGAGGCCAGAGAGACGAGGGAAGAGAACAGAGAGGUGCAGAAACAAAAACGCUUCAACAAGAAGGUCAAAGAGCUGCGCAGGGCCGUGAGGAGCAGUAUGUGGACCAAAGACACCAGUGUUCACCAACAUCAGUAUGGACCAGAGGAGGUGGUGGAUCCAGAGGAGGACCUCUACAAGAAAACCUGCACCACCUGCGGACAUGAACUCACCUACGAGAAGAUGUAGACACACACACACACUGACUGACUGUUACCGUUACAGUAGAAGAUGUUCGGUGCUUCGAUGGGGGAACCAUGCCUUUGAACCACCUCAAGCUCCUUUUUUGCUCUUUGUUAUCUGGUAUUUGUUUUCUGGUUCACUAAUAAAACGAACCAUCCUGAUCACGUACAAGGGGCCAAAUCACUCCUGUGUGGCAAAUACAGAAUUUUUGUAGGUCAGUGGUCAUUUCUAUUUUAAACAGUGGUUGACUUCAGCCUGUUUUUUAGCAAUAACCGCCCAUUGCUACACUUCCUCUUUCUUUUGUAGCAUGUAGAGAUUCUCUCACAGUGGGCAAAUCAAAGAAGGCACGAUAUUAGAACUUGAUAAUACUGUCUUGCUUAAAAUGGCUAAUUAUUUGGCCUCUCUUUGUCUGGAACAGAUAGGAGCAUUAAAUAUAAAACUGCUGGUGUGAUUUUUGAGAGAGGGCAUCCGUUUUUAAGAUUUCAUGUUUUUGGACACGUCUGUGCCCGAUUCCUCACAGAAUUCGGUCAAAUGCAUCGUGAUACAUUCAGUGUCGCCAUGUCAAGUCCAAAUGCUAACGUUCUUUACUCAUUGCCUUUAUGGCCUCAUUCAACUUGACAGCAUUAAGUCGGAUCUCGUUGUGGUCUAAAGAUGCUGAGAAACAGACAUGUAACAUAUGACGAUAUAAGACUGGCAUGCAAAAGGCAUUUUCUUCUGUGAACUAGAGUUUUAUUCUAUUUGGCAUCAGCUAUAAAAAGCGAAGCCCUCAGGACUUUGAUCUCUUAAGACUAGAAUGAGAUCAGUAACAUGGAAAACAUGUUUACAUCUUUGUGAAAUGAAUUUUUACGUCAUGUCAAAGUUCUUAUUAAAAUCUGUCUGUUAAAGUUCUAAGCUUCACUUCACUUCCAUUCAUCAUAGAAAAUAUUUAUGAAUAGACAAAACGAUGGCUGGGGCUGGUGGAUAGCUUGGACCGGAGUUUUGUUUCAUUUUUGUUCAGCCUGUCUGAACAGACAGAUGGACACUUGUGGUCUGGUAAGUGAUGUGAAACUAGCUUAGCUUUUCCCAGUGGCCAGCCUUCUCCAUCUCCUCUAGAUUACUUUGUAUUUAGAAAUCAGAGCAGUGGAGUAUUUCAGCCUGUAAUCAGCCACACCCAGUGGUUCUUUUUCAGAAUUUUUCCAUUUUUAUUUUUUGUAUGAGCUGCAGAUUUCUUGAUAAAUCACUAUCACAGAUAAUAUACUUAAAUCACCAAUAUUUUACAUGUGAAGCCAUGUCUGUAAUUUCUAAGUUUUAUUAGUGGAGUGAACCUGCUGGGAGUUUAGGGUGUAGAUACCCAGCUCUCUACUGAUUAGAUGUACCGAACUACAUUUUCCACUCCCAAGUUUGCUUUUUUGAAUGAUGUAAGAUUAAACAUA